AAAAUUUUAAAAACUAUAGGUGAAAUUUUUUAUAAUUCAUCGUUUUGAAAAAAAUCCAAAAAUUAUUAGAUCCCGGCUAACUUCAGAAUCAUGUACAAAUUUAUGUGACGAUAAAAAUGAUAAAUUAUAAUAAUAAUUAAAAAAUGAGGAAUAAUUGGUGUUAGAACUAUGAAUAUUAAUUUUAAAUUGCAGAAUCUGCAAACAAUUUAAAAAUGUCAACUUUCGGUGGUUUAAUCGAAGAAAUACCAGGAAUUUCAGUGGAUCGUUUUGACGGGGAAAAUUUAAAAUCAUCUAUUUUUUUUUUAAGUCAUUGUCAUACUGAUCAUAUGCAAGGAUUAUUAUAUACUGAGGGGAAUUGUUUUAUUGAUAAUUUAUUAAAACAUAAACAAUAUUUAUACUGUACUCCAGUUAGUAAAAAAAUACUUGAAUAUAAACUUUUCAGAUUUGGUUCUGAUGCCGAAUUUAUUAAAACAAUCGAUUGUUGUUCACCGGUUAUCGUAGAUUAUACAGUAGACAAUGAUAAAAAUAAAAAAUUGUAUUUAACAGUAACAUGUAUACCGGCUGGGCAUUGUCCUGGUUCAGUUAUGUUCUUAUUUGAAAAUGAAAAAACGUCUAUUCUUUACACCGGUGAUUUUCGUAUUGGUUCAAGUGAUUUAUCAAAAUUAAAACCAUUACACAAUAACAUUAAUAAUAUAAUGAUACCAAAAAAGUUUGAUAGUAUUUAUAUUGAUACGACAUUUUUUAAUCCUAUUAAUAAAUUUUUUCCAAGUCGACGUGAUAGUGUUAAAGAAAUUUGUCGAGUUGCUAAUGAUUGGAUCCGUCAAGAUGUUAAUAAUAUUGUUAUAUUAGAAUGUUCUGCUCAUUACGGACCUGAAUAUUUAUUUAUUGAAUUAUCCAAUGCAUUAAAUCUGCGAAUACAUGUUAAAGAUAAAGUUUAUAAAAGCUAUACAUUUGUUCCGGAAUUAUCAAAAUGUGUUACCAAUGAUCCACAUUCAACACCUAUCCAUGCUUGCAUGAAUAAACGUAAUUAUUAUUAUUCUAAUGUUGUGUUAGAAUGCCGUCGUAAUGUAGAAUUGAAAUCAGUUAUUACUAUUGUACCAUCAGUAUUGCGUUGGAAAGAUAGAGAUGUAACAAAAGGUAUCUCUGAAUGGGAUGAUUAUAACAAAAAGUUUAAUGUUUGUUAUUCAUGUCACUCAUCUUAUGACGAGCUUGUUGAUUUUAUUAAUUAUUUUAAGCCGAAUAAAUUAUAUCCGUGUGUUGUUCCAAAAGAAAUAAAAUUUGAGGAUUUUAGUAGUACAUUGAAUAAACUUUUGGACAAUUCUAAAGAAGCUAAUAAUUAUUUUACCGGUUAUGAUAUGGAUCUUUCAAAGCCUGAGUCACUUAAUAAUGACAGAGUAGUAGAUGCUUGCAAUUUAAGUGAUGUUGAUGAUGAUUAAUAAUUAAUCAAUAGGCUUAUUGACAUUUGAGGCUUUUAAGGGGUUUUAAGAUUUAAAUGAUAUUUUAUAAUUAUAAAGAUAGCGAUCAAACUAAAUUAGUAUAUUUUUUCAUAAAUCUUGUUGAUCAAAGCUUAUAAUCAUGUUUAAUUCUAUUUUAAAAUUUUAUAAUCAUGUUUAAAACAUAAUUAACUUUGUAUUUUAUAUUUUUAUACAAUAAACAUACAUUAUUAUUGACUGAUCUCUGGGUUUUAGUAUAAUUAUAGUUUUACGGCUCAAAAUAACUAUAAUAUCCCUUCAUGAUUUCAUUAAAUCUGAUAAGUUUUAAUGCGGAUUAAAGGAAACCAAGGUAGUACAAUCGAAAUUACAAUUUGUGGCUUAAACUUCGUAUCCUUAUUGGUUUAAAAAUAGAGUCGAUAAUUUGUUGUAUUAUUAAUGUUACAUAAUUUGUAAAUAAAUUUCAAUUAAAAUAAUACAAUUUUAUUUAUUGAUUUUAAAUUAAUAUAUUCAAGAUGCCGAGGGUUUUUUUCUUACUACUUUAAAUGAUAUAUUUAUAAAAAUCUUUACAUUUAAUUUAUAAAUUAAAUUAUGUUGACGUUAUUUGCAAUAGAAUUUUUAUCGAAAAAUCAUAAUUAUAUAUUUUUUAAAAAUAUUUU